GCUUCUAUGGCCUCAACACAUCUACGUUGUGGCGUUUUAUUUAACUAGAAAUUUCAAAUACGCAUUUUUUUAUGCUGUCAUAACACCAGGACGAACAGCUGUAAUAUUUAAUUCAAAACGUAACGCUAAACGUUAUCUCUCCGGGUCGUUUGUCCGGCCUUUUACUAGAACGAUAACUUUAACUAGCUAAGUUAGCCACCUGUUGAUACAGCGAGCAUCUUUGUUGACAUUCGGCGUAGCUAGGCUAGCUGCUAAUUUACCAUGCUUUUACUGUAAACACAGGUGUUUUCAUGCUGUGUUGACGAGCUAGCUGUUUUACUUCUCAAACAUGCCCGAGCAGCUAACAGCAAGCCAGGGCAAGUUGUUGGUCAACUUAAGUUAAUACGCAACGUCACUUGACAUUAAUCGGAUGUUUGACGACAAGAGUUUAACUGAAGAUGUGGUCAAUUUGACGAAUCUGCUUCGACUGACGGAGCUCAGUCUUGGGAGAGUGGAACAGAGACUGAGUCAGUCAGAAGGACAUGAUGACAGAAAUGAGUGUGAGCAGAGGAGUCCUGAUUGCCUGACCUUACAGGACCAGCAGACACCUGAUGAUCCUCCAUCCCGGUCGGGCUGUGUUUGCCAGGAGAGGCCUCUCAGUGGGACGGCUGAGAGACGUGCUGUUGCUGGCAGUGUCAGCCCACCUUCCUCCAACUCUAAGUCUGCCUCGAUCAAGGCCAGGUCAGAAAAGAUGGACUCUUUUUCUGCAAGGAUGAAUAGAGGUUGUGUGCGUCAGGAGAACGCCUGUCUGACCGUGCAGGAUGAGCAGCUCAUCAGUGACUUCGAUGCUUUGCAGUGUGACUUAUUGACCUCCAAGUCACAGGUCUGCCUCAGAGGCCCCAGGGUUGGGGUUAAAAACAGUGUGGCAGUCAUGAGUGAGCAGAUUCGACAGCUUCAAGCAGAGCUGGAGACUCAAGCCGCAGAACUAAAGGCAGCAAAGCUGAGGGCCGAGUGUAGCCAAGACGCAGCAGCUCACAGUAACAUUUUGGUGGCGACUCUCACAGAGGAGCUCAGCACGCUCAGAGAGGAGUUGGACAACAAGACGAUGCUGGGCAAACGGGCUGAGCAACAAAGAAACCAAGCACUUCAAAAUGCAGAGAAACUCCAGGAAGCCUUUAAAGAUUAUAAGAAUACAAUUUCCAUUAAACUUAAGAAGGUGAUGGAAAAUGAGAGCAACCUAAAAGAGAGUCUUAUUGAGUGUGACAGAGCGAAAGAGGAGUUGGGAAUGAAGUGCACCAUGCUGGAAAGAGGAAAGAGAGAACAGAGCCAGAUAAUUAGCCAGCUGAAGGAGGAGGUGAUACAGGUCAAGUCUGUGGCUGAUGGCCUGCAGACUCAGCUGGAGGAGGCCGCACGAAAGGCGUCACAUCUUGAACGGCAGCUUACGGAGCAAGGUGCAGAGCUCAGGGAGCUGGUUUCUCUGCGAAAGGAGCUGGAAGACCUGCAGACUGUGAGCCAGAGCCAGGAGCAGAGGGUGGCCCAGAGCCACAGAGAGGCUCAGCAGAGCCAGGCGGAGCUGGCCAGUCUGGAGGCCAUACUGGCCCUGCUGCAUCUACGAGAGGGUGCUGUUGGGACACUGUGCGUCAGACCCUGUGUGUUUCCCCCAGGAACAGCACAGCUACUGAAGCCAAAACCAGGUGAAGGCUACCAGCAGCUUCUACGAGUGCUUCAGUCGCUGGAAGCUGAGCGGAGUAAGCAGAACAGCCUGGUGGAGCGGCUUCAGGAGCGUCUGAGCAGGGCCCAGGAGGAGAUCUCCUCCCUGCAGAGCUCCAUGGCCCAGAGAGCCUCCCACUACCAGAGCCUCCACACAGAGCUGCUGGACAAAGUCAGCCAAGCCACUGACACAGAGAAAGAGUUGAAAAGAAAAAGUGCACGUGUGUCUUCACUGGAGAAACAGUUACAGGAGAAAACCUCGGCUUACAGUCAGGCUGCACUGACCAACACUGAGCUGGAGAAUCAGCUACUGGAGAAAACCAGUACUCUUCAGCAUUACCAGUCACUGAUGACCAAAAAACAAAGAGAGUACCAGCAGUCCUUGGAAAAGUGUAAAAAAUCUCACUCUCAACAAUUCACGGAGCAACAGCACAGAAUAGAAAUGUUGCAGCUGUCGCUGAAGGAGGCUCAGUCUGGUGUUGGAGCUGGAGCAGAGCUGAGCUCCCUCCAGAAGGUAGAUGAAGCUCAGGAAGCAGCUUUGCAGAGCUCUGUGGACCAACUCAUAGAGCAGAGGCAGACUGAAGUUAGACACAAUGAGGAGUUGCUGCAGAGUUUCAAAGAGCAGGCCGCUCAAUCUGCCACCAAGGUGAGUGAACUGCAGUCGUCUCUGUCAGCAUGCAGAGAGGAGCUGAACUUAUACCUGCAGCAGAUGGAGAAGGAAAGGAAAAACUAUGAGAGUGAUCUGCAGAUGAACAAAGACAAGGUGUCCUCCCUGCAGGAGAAGCUCCACAAUGCCACCCUGGCCUGUCAGAGCUCCAGCAAGGAGAACGUGCAGUUGCAGCUUUCUCUCCAGCAGCAGCAGAUCAUGCUGACCGAGAGCACCGCCCACAUCUCUGAACUGGAAGGGAGUCAGAGCCAGCUGCAGAAGCAGGUGUCAGGUCUGGAGCAGCAGCUGGAACGGGAGAGAGCCUCUCUGCAGAGCGAGGUAAGGAACAGAGAGCAGGACGCUGAGGAGAAAGACAAGGAGCUGCAGGAGAUGAACAAGCAGAACACACAACUGUCCGAGUCUGUCAGCCAUCUGAGUUCAGAGAUGACAAAGUAUCGAGGGGAGCUGGUGUCCAAAGAUUCUGAGCUGCAGCGUCUCAGGAGGGAUGUCACUGUCAAGACUUCUCUGAUCAGCCGCAUGGAGGAAAGCCUGCAACACACGAGGAGCCAGCUCGACACCAAGAACGACACAGUCAUUGAUCUGGAGGAGAAGCUCCAUCGCUGUGAGGCUGACAGACUCAAUUGUGUCCAGCGGGUUCAGAUGCUGGAGGGGCAGCUUCAGUCAGUGCGGGGAGAGUUAGCUGAAACUCUGGAGAAACUGCGGGACCUCAGAGAUGUUCUACAGAGAACCCAAACCAUUGCAGAUGAGCGGCAAGCUUCGGUGGAAAAACUGACUGUCCAACUUAGUGACACCCAGAGGGAAUUAGAGGACAGAACUCAUGAGGUCUUAGACAUGGACAAUGCACUGAAGGAGAGACAGGGGGAGCUCCAACAGAGAGCACAGCUGCUGGGUCAGCUGGAAGUGGCCAUCAGGGAGCACAAGCAGGAGAUGGAGAGGAAGGUGGCAUCUCUGCAGCAGAGCCUGGAGGCCCGAGAGAGAGAGCUGAGAGACACACAGAGGGAGCUCAUGGACCGAAACAUGAAGGAGUCCCAGGAGCUCGAACAGCAGCUGCGUGUCAGUCAACAGAAGCUUCACACUUUACUGCAGGAGCUAGAAGAAACUCAACAUCACUGCGAGGCUUUGACCGGAGAGCUGGACGCCACCAAGCUGCAGAUUAAAGAGAAGGAGGUCCGGCUGUGCGGUGUGGAGGAGGAGCUGGCUCUGAAGGAGGCGCGCUGGCUACAGUCGGAGGCCGAGCUGCAGAGCAUGGUCACCUCUUUAGAGCAGGAGCUGGAGCUGGAGAGGGAGCAGCACGGCAAGGAGCUGGAGUCCCUGCAGCAGACUCGAGGCCAGCUCCUCAAAGUCUCUGAGCAGAUCUCCUGCACCAUGCGCUCCUCCCAGGAGCAGCUCACCGCUAAACUUCAGCAGAGCCAGAACCAACUUGAGGAAGCCAAAACCCAGCUGGACCAAACUAAGACAGAGUUGGAUCACACGCGGAACCAAGUGAGUCACCUCCAAACACAGAGAGACCAGAGUCAGACGCAGCUCCUUCAGAGUAAAUCACAGCUGGAGCAGAGCAGGAUUCUGUAUGAGCAGACAAGAGCCCAGAACUGUCACCUCCAUGCCCAGCUCGAGCAACUCAGCAACCAGUUAAAUCAAGCCAGAGUCCAGGCCGCCCAGCUCCAGACUCAGCUGCAGGCCUCAGAGAAGUCCAUGGAGACCUCCAACGAAUCCCUGCUCAUCAAGGAGUCUGAGGUGACCCGUCUCCAAGCCAGGAUCUCCAGCCUGGAGCGAGCUGCUGGCCGUCGGCAUCUGUACAAUCACACACCGUCCCUCCCCGCUCUGCACACAGAGAACUCCUCCUCCCCUCCUCCCUCGCCCAAAAAGCUCCAACUCCCCUCUUCUGAACACGCUCACUCGACUCGCCUCCUCUCCCCAACACACAGACAAACGUGCUCAUCACCUCCCGCUCACACAUACCUUCAGCCAAACUCAGCUUCUCGUCUGUCUAACCAAACUGAGAGCCGACAAACAUGCGACUGGCUGCAGAGCAGCAUUGACUCCUCUCUAGAUCUCCCUCUGAGUCUGAGAGCCACACUGAGGGAGGCUUUGAACAAGCAUCCAUGCGAGUCCUCCGCCUCCUUCUCCUCUUUCCCGGACACAGUGGACCACGGCUGGCAGGGCCUCAGCGCCACCGAGGCCUCAGUGACCUCUGACCUCUCCUUCAACCCCCUCACAUACAUGAUCGACAAGCAAGAUGACAGUAACCUGAACAUGGAAGCUACCACCAUGCAGGGGGGACAAGAGGAGCAGGCGAGUGAGUCAAGGAGGGAGUCUGUUUGCACUCUGGUGGGUGAGGAGGAGGAGGAGGAGGAGGAGGUGGAUAUGAGUUCACUCACAGGGAUGCUGAGGUUUGUUAAUCAGACGUUGGCCAUGCAGGAAGACCCCUCUUUAUGGAGCUCCACAGGGCUGUCACAGGCCGGCCUCACUCUCCAGGGGGAAGUCAAGGACACGUGAUGCUGUGUUGCCAAGGAGACGUCAGAGAGGAGAGAAGCUGUUUAUAUUAAUGUCAUCCCUGUGUCAGUGUACAUUUAAUACACAUUCAUUAACACCUCUCAUAUAAUCUGUCCCAUUGUAGUGUUAUUGAAAUCAAACUGCGCGGAGUAGAUAAAUGAUGACCACUACUGUCCAGUCUGUAAGUGAUUUACUGUUUUGUUUCAAACAGUAUAACUGUAGCAUUUCAUGUUUUA